AUGAGUCGCAUGAGAGGUUGGGCCUCAGUCAGUCUUAGAGAGGCGUUUGCUGUGCCAGGAGGGGAUGUUUUCCAGAAAAGUGGAAGAGAAGAUGAUGAAGAGGAGCUGGAGUGGGCUGCCAUUGAGAGACUCCCAACAUGUGAUCGGUUAAGGAAGGGUAUUCUGAAUAAAGUUUUGGACAAUGGAUAUGUUAUUAUGAAGAGAUUGAUGUCUCCAACCUUGGAAUGCAAAAUAAGAAGUAUCUCAUCUAGAGUUUAG